AUGGCGAGUAAACAAAACAGCAGCGAAGCCACCGUAGAAAUAGAAGAGGUGCCCCAGAUUCCAGUUAAUGACAACCUCCUCUAUAAAGUUGACGAAUCUCCACCGUGGUAUUUAUCCAUUCUGCUGGGUUUUCAGCACUACCUUACAGCCUUCGGCUCCACUAUCUCAGUUCCCUUAGUUCUACAGACUGCUCUAUGCAUUGACCAAGAUCGUGUGGGACUCAGUGAAAUCAUUUCGACCAUUUUCUUUGUAUCUGGAUUAGCAACUUUGCUCCAAACAACGCUGGGAGUAAGGUUACCAAUCAUACAAGGAGCGACUUUCGCAUUUCUUACACCGACUUUCACAAUAUUGGGGUUAGACAAAUGGAAAUGCCCGUAUGUCGUGGCAGGAGAGGGAAAAUGGAAUGUGACAUCCGACCCACUGCCAGACAUUGGUAGUCCAGAACACCGAGAUAUGUGGCAGGCACGCGUGAGAGAGAUUCAGGGAGCCAUCAUGGUUUCUUCUCUAUUUCAAAUUAUCAUUGGGUUCAGUGGCAUCAUGGGAUUCGUCAUGCAGUUUAUAGGACCCUUAGCCAUUGCACCAACCAUCUCCUUGAUUGGUUUAUCAUUAUUCAAAGAGGCAGCAGACCUUGCGUCGAAACAGUGGUACAUUGCUCUCAUGACAAUGUUUUUGAUAGCACUUUUUUCACAAUAUAUGAGGAACUUAAGCAUUCCAGUUUGCAAAGUCACACGAAAAGAUGGGUGCUCGAUCUAUAGACUACCAAUAUUCAAGUUAUUCCCGAUUUUGCUUGCCCUUUUAACGGCUUGGAUGAUUUGUGCAAUAUUGACUGUAGCGGGUGCACUUCCUGAAAAAGGGAAGUGGGGACAUGCCGCCCGCACUGAUGUCAACACGGAGGUUCUGGAUAAAGCACUUUGGUUUCGAUUUCCCUAUCCAGGACAAUGGGGGACACCUACAGUCAGUGUUUCAGCUGUGUUUGGAAUGUUAGCUGGGGUGCUUGCCUCCAUGAUUGAAUCGGUCGGGGAUUAUUACGCAUGCGCAAGGCUUGCCGGAGCACCUCCUCCUCCAGUUCAUGCUAUAAAUAGAGGGAUAGGUAUGGAGGGAAUCGGUUGCCUAUUGGCAGGUGCAUGGGGCUCAGGAAAUGGCACAACUUCCUACAGUGAAAACAUUGGGGCUAUAGGAAUUACUAGGGUUGGUAGUCGCCGAAUUGUACAAAUUGGCGGUAUAAUUAUGAUCCUACUAGGAUGUCUUGGAAAAUUUGGCGCUCUGUUUGUAACCAUACCAGACCCUGUUAUUGGAGGAUUGUUCAUGGUUACAUUCGGCAUGGUGGUGGCGGUAGGACUGUCUAAUCUGCAGUUUGUUAACCUCAGUUCAUCACGAAAUAUAUUUAUCCUAGGAACAUCUAUUUUCUUUGGUUUAUCCUUUCCUAACUGGAUAAAAACUAAUCCGGGAAUCAUAGAUACAGGAAAUGAGAUAGGAGAUCAGUUGUUGAGUGUGUUACUUGGUACGAGUAUGUUUAUUGGUGGGCUUACAGGUUUUAUCCUUGACAAUACUGUUCCAGGCACUUUGGAGGAACGUGGGAUCAGAAAAUGGCGGGAAAUAGACGAAACUUGGAAAUCUAGGGAAACAGACGAUAUCUCGAUUUAUGAUCUACCUUUUGUCCAAAAAUAUCUCAACAGACUGCAAAUUACGCAGUAUUUACCAUUCUGUGCCAAUUUCCAACCAUUCUGUGGAAAAGACAAAAAGGAGAACGUGCAAGAAGAUGAAGCCAUUAGUGAAAAGGAAUCGGAAGUGACCGAUACCAAGUUUUAAUGUAAACAAAUAAGAGAAUUUGAAUA